CUCCUCCCAAACUUUGCAAAGUCGGCCCGCGUCCCUGCCGCCCUCGGCCGCGCCUCAGCUCUGAGGCUCGCCUCGCAGCCGCAGCGGCCCCGCGAGCAGGAGGAGGAGCCGCCGCCGCAGCAUCAAAGAGACCGAAUUCCCGCGGCCUGGGGGGGAGUCAUGCUUUGCGGUCUGUAAUGUCAGCAGAACAGGAGAAGGAUCCCAUUUCGCUGAAGAGAGUUCGAGGUGGUGAUAGUGGACUGGAUGGGUUAGGAGGACCAGGUGUGCAACUAGGAAGCCCAGAUAAGAAAAAACGCAAGACAAAUACUCAGGGGCCUUCUUUUCCUCCACUGUCUGAGUAUGCUCCGCCACCGAAUCCAAACUCUGACCAUCUAGUGGCUGCUAAUCCAUUUGAUGACAACUACAAUACUAUUUCCUAUAAACCACUACCUUCAUCAAAUCCGUAUCUUGGCCCUGGUUAUCCUGGCUUUGGAGGCUACAGCACAUUCAGAAUGCCACCUCACGUUCCUCCAAGAAUGUCUUCCCCAUACUGUGGUCCUUACUCACUCAGGAAUCAGCCACACCCAUUUCCUCAGAAUCCUUUGGGCAUGGGUUUUAAUCGACCUCAUGCUUUUAACUUUGGGCCACAUGAUAAUUCAAGUUUUGGAAAUCCAUCUUACAAUAAUGCACUGACUCAGAAUGUUAACAUGCCUAAUCAACAUUUUAGACAAAAUCCUGCUGAAAACUUCAAUCAGAUUCCUCCGCAGAAUGCUAGCCAAGUAUCUAACCCUGACUUGGCAUCUAACUUUGUCCCUGGAAGUAAUUCCAAUUUUAGUUCUCCAUUAGAAUCUAAUCAUUCUUUUAUUCCUCCCCCAAACACUUUUGGUCAAGCAAAAGCACCACCCCCAAAGCAAGACUUUAGUCAAGGAGCUACCAAAAACACAAAUCAAAACUCCUCUGCUCAUCCACCUCACUUAAACAUGGAUGACACAGUGAAUCAGAGUAAUAUUGAAUUAAAAAAUGUGAAUCGAAACAAUGUCGUCAGUCAAGAGAACAGCCGUUCGAGUAGCGCCGAAGCUACAAACAGCAGCCACGCAAACGGGACCCAGAGUAAACCACGACAGCCUCGAGGUGCCACGGAUGUCACGUGCACCGCCGAGAAGAGCGCUAAGUCUGCUCUCCACCCCAGUCGUCACGGGCAUUCUUCUUCUGACCCGGUGUAUCCUUGUGGAAUUUGUACGAAUGAAGUGAAUGAUGAUCAGGAUGCCAUCCUAUGUGAAGCCUCUUGUCAGAAAUGGUUUCAUCGGAUCUGCACUGGAAUGACCGAAACAGCUUAUGGCCUCCUAACAGCAGAAGCGUCCGCAGUGUGGGGCUGUGACACCUGUAUGGCUGACAAAGAUGUCCAGUUAAUGCGCACUAGAGAAACAUUCGGUCCCCCUGCAGUGGGCGGUGAUGCCUAAUAACAGGCAUUCACUUCGGUGUUUUCCCACCCUCUGUGUAUUACAGAGGGUCUGUGACAUGGGAUUUUAAUGUUUUACAUAAUUUUUUUAAAUGCAUACAUGAAAAGAUUAUUUACCUUUUAGUUUUUAUUAAUACUCCACUUCAUUGCUAGUGCGUAUUUUGUAUUGUCUUGUUUGCUAUCGUAAAUAAGAAUAAUGUAUAUGGGGGUGCAUUAGAAAGUACUAUACAAGUAAAUUUUAGUUGUUAAACAUAAAAGCCUCUUGAAGCUUCAAAGAUAAUGUAUAGCAAAUGUAGGCAGGUUUUUACUUUUUUAAAAGUUACAAUCAUUGAAAAAUAUGUCAGUUGACCCUUGAACAACACAAAUUUGAACUGCAUAUGUCCACUGAUUUUCAGUAAACGCAUACUGUAGUACUACAUGAUCCUUGGUUGGUUCAAUCCUAGGAUAGGGAAACACAGUUUUGGGGGGCUGACUGUAAAGUUGUAUGCAGUUUUUUGACAGUGAAGAGAAUGGCACCCUAGCUUCCACAUUGUUCAAGGGUCAAGUGUAUUUCAGUGCUGAACUUUGGCAAUAUCAAAUUAAACAUUUAGUUCAAAGAAUAUUUGAGAAUCCAUAUGUAAUGUGUUUUCAGAAAGAAUAUAUGUAGCUAAAACAUGAAAGCAUACAUUUUUAUGGAUCUUCUAACAAACAGCAGAGUAUGACACCAGAUUCCUCCCUUACUGGUGUCCCUGAAAUUAGUGACUUUCAUAUUAUCAAGUCAGUCUUUCCAAGAUGUCUGCUUGUACAGAUACAAGACAGAUGUUAGCAUAUAGUAGAUGUUCAAUACGUAUAUGUUGAUUAACUUGUGGAUUGUACCACGUGAAAUUGCUAACAUAAGAUCAGUUGAAAAUUGACUACAGUUAGUCGAGUUGUCAUAAAGGGUGUUUUUAGUUGUGCUAUUUAGAAAUAUAACAAUAUUAUGCUCUUCACUCUUCAGUUUUCCUUGAUUAUUGAGUUGUUAUUGUUUUCCAGAGAAAUAAAUAAUACAGUAUUCUCAGAAGAAUUGUGAAUACUUUUCUUAAUAUCAUUUCAAACUGGGACAUAGAAAAAUGAAUUUGGUCUUACAGGGCUCUGCUGGCAGAAGAACUACUCAGUGGUGGUUUGAGAAAUCUUGUUCUUGGGAUCUGAAUUUAAAAAUGAGCCUCACAGGAGUUCACAAUCCAUUUUAAGUGAAGAUCAAUUAAGAGUCAAGGUGAGAGCUUACUCACAACCAUUUGAGGCCCUGCAGGAGACACAAGUUUCUGCUGGGGCUGGGGAGAGUGUAAAAAUAGACUUAAAGGUAUUCUCUGGAGAGAAGAUCAAGAAUGGAGACAGUUGGACGUAUACUUAUUAAGAUUUGAAACAACAGAAACCUGUUUUUGGAGUGGAUCAAAAUCUGUGACCCAAAAAAAGGAUUCUAGUUGAUAGCAAUUUACACAAUGGUUGGCUGUUGGUAAAGCUCCCAAACUUGAACCAUCAUUACUGUUGUGACCAAAUUUGAAGACUGUGUGGUGAUCUGCAGAAGGGAUAGUGACAACCAUUUAAAGCUUGGUGAAAUGACAGCAGCAGCAGUAUUGCCAAGAAACUUAAAUUACGCUUGAAAAUCUUGAUUAUAUGCCCUUGGAUUAGUAAACAUGAACCGACACUUACAUGACAGCACUGGCAUCACAUGUCACAAGCCACUAACGCAAAGUUAAUUGAAUUAUUCGAUUCUGUCAUUUCCAGCAUAGUCACCAGAACUGUAUCCAAUGAACUGGUGUAGUUUUCAUCGUUUGGAGCUUUUUCUAAGAAACUACAUAUUCUCCAAUUGAGAAAUAGUAAUUGGAGGGUUUGAACAAUUUAUACAACAUAGCAAAUGAUGAAUUUUAUAAAAAUGAAAUAUUUAAUAUCCUAUUAGAAGAAAAUUAUUAAUGCUCAUGAUGUGUAUUUUGAUUGAAUAAAACUUAUUUUUUUAAAUAGUGUUUUAAUUGUGACCAACAAAAACAGCAAUUUCAUAUGGUACAAGGUAAUAUAAAGUUUUUUCCAUUUACCUGUGACUAGUUAGAGGUGAGUACAAAAUAUUUUAAGUAUAGUUGUAAGAUAAAUAUCUUUAUAGUUUUAGGAAAUGAAAUGAUAUAAACUGUCAUACUAGGUACUCCUUUGUGUGAAAAUGUAACCAGUUGAAGCAGAUUAAAAUGCAGUACAUUGGGCUGACUCUUGACAUUUGAUUGUUCAGUAGCAUACUUGAAGAUCAUGUUCUGCUUACAUUGUAGCUUUUGUUAUUUUCUAAAUGUUUAAGGAUCUAGUUGUGUUGUUUUUGAAAUCCCAGUGAGUGCUGUUUUCUAAGAUAUAAUGCACUGCAUGCUAUAAACCCAGUUGUAGCAUAAGAUGGUGAUUUAAAAAAAAAAUGAGUACAGUUAGAUACUGAGUAGAAUCUUCCAGUGUCCUCAGGAGUUUACACAGUAGUACUUGUUGUGCUCAUUGCUAAAACUGGUGAGCAGUAGUUUCUAAAGCCCUCUGUUGCUUACAGUUUUAUUAGUUAGUUGUUUUGUGAAAAGGAAAUAACCUCUCUCAACUUAGUCUAAAAAUACUUGAUUUAUAAUAUGACUUUUAUUUUCCAUUUCCAAAUAAUUGUUUAUAAAAUUUUACAAAUAAGUGAAUUUGUUCUUGUGUUUAGUUCUUAAGAACACCUUACUUACUUAGAUAAGAAUCUGUCAAAUAUCUAAAAGAGAAAACCAUGGUUGAUUCCAACAAUGAAUUACAGGCAAACUGUAAUCAUAACUGAUGAAUGUUUUCAUCUAUUUGAAUUAAUUUUCUUACUAGUUCUACAUUUGUCUCUGUAUAACACUGUCAAAAGUUUUCUAGAGGCUUUUUGGUAGGUAAGUGAUAAACUUUAAGAAGGCCAGAUAUUAAUUUGCCUAACAUGACUCAAAGAAGACUGUUACACAAAUUGAUGUGGCUUUCAUAAUGCAAGUGAUGAGUUGCCCUAAAUUUCACAAUAUUUAAAGAGGGAAUGAAAUGCAUAAUCUAGUAACAUCACACCUUUUUUAAGCAUAAUCCUCUUCCAUUACUGAAAGGACUUCGUCUCACAUGCACACAUACACACAAGGACACAUUUAUGUUCAGUUGAGUAGGAAAUCUUGGGGUUUCUCCUACAUUCUCAAGUUUUGCCAGAGUUCAGCCUGGCUAUCAGCAGCUGGCUCCCUCAACAAGACUAGGUUACUGAUUUAGAAAGUUUUAAAACAUCAGUUCCUUUCUCAGAACUUGCUUUGUUCAUUUCACUAGAGAAUUCUUGAACCACUUGCUUCUGGAUGCUACUGGACUCACUAAUACAGAAAUAAUGUAGCUUGUAAAAGAAAAAUAAAUUAUUAUUCAGAUAGAGUGCUUAGAAUUAGAUUUGUGAUCCGUGUUUUCCUUGUGUGUGAAAUACUUUAGAGUACUGCUAUUACGAUUCUUGAUAUCCAAACUAGAAGAUUAUGUACAUAAAACUGAAGAUUUUCUUGUACUAGUGCUUAUUCUUCUUAGAUGAACACAAUAUAAGAAAUCCAAUUUGUGUGUGUAUGUGUUUAGAUUCCCAACUCUUCCUAGUGGUAGGAAAAAAACUGCAAUAAUAGGUCAUCCUGAUAUCUGCUGACUUUAAUCAUCCAGGUAAAAUAUCGGGAGUUUUCUUCUAAUACUCUUCCAGAUUUGUUUGUCUUGAACAAACUGAGUGCUAGUACUUACUAUUCAACAUGCUAUAGUAAUUGUAUUUAAUAGUAAAUAUAUAUAUAUAAGCAAUGAUUUUUAAAGGGAGCUUAAGAGAGUUUUUCGAUUUCUUUUUUGCAUGAGUGUUUUGUUAUUUAAGAUCUUUUUAAUUAAAAGCAUCCAGAUUCCCAAAGUUCAUUUGUAAAUAGUGAUUUAGAACUCUCUAUAAGAUGAUUAGAUUCUUAGGGAAGCUCAUAAGGGCUUAUUUAAACCAUCAUAUAGUUAGCCAGUAGUAUCAUGCUGAGUGCUCCUUCUUUAGGAGAACCAAUCAAUGUAGGAAGGAGAAAGGAGAGGUCUUUCUUUUUGCUGAUUGGAUACAGGAAGGUUAAGUUCUUUGAUGUGAGUGUUUCCCAGUUGCCCUCCUACCAUCCUAAAUUCUCCAGUGGAAUGCUCUAGAAACCAACCUGCCUUUUCCCUUCCUGGAUGUUGUGUACUUCAAAAUUUCAUAUCUUUCCUCAGAAUUCACACUUCUUUGUUGGCCGUGGUUGGCUAGAUUUUUAAGGGGAAAGUGUUUUCCGAUAAGUUUGAACAAAGUGAAGAACAUGGGAUUAGAUUUCUCUUUUUUUAAAGACUUUAUGCAGAAUGAAUCUUAAUAUCUUAGAUUUCAGACCCUACAACCACAUUUCAGGCACCAUAGAAAGCAGUAUUUUUAUUAGAUCGAUACCGUGAGAGUGCUUCCCAGUUUCCUUUGAGACUUUUCACUAUUUCUUUUUCUCUACUUCAGAACUCAAGAGAUUUCCUUCUCAUUUCCAAAUUUCAGUAACUUCCCCAUUUCCUGUGUUCCAUUUAUCCUAUAAAGUAAUAUAGAAGUCGCAUCUGUAUUUUUCCAACUCUUGGUACAGUGAUGGGAGCUUAGAGGCACCCCUGGAGUAAAGGAACUAGGGAUGGCAUUAGUAUUUGCCAAGACAAGUGGUCUAGGGCAAGUAAAGGGAAGGAAGUUUUCAUUGAAAACUUAAUGAAACCCAAUGGAUAAGCUUCAUCUUGUGUCAUAUUUUGUCAAAACACAUUAUUUGUAAUUAUAUUAAAAUUCUAAAUACCUGUCCUUUUCUUGUUCUGUAGGUGAUGUAGAUGAUGUUGCUUGUUAGUUAAAAUACCUUUUAUAAAAGAAAGUCCUGCUUCUUAUCAUGAUGUAUGUGACUUAAAUGACUGUUUCAUAUUAAAACUAUUUCUUCCUUAUGUACUGCUUACAUAUACCUCUUUUUGGGAUAUUAGUUCAGUACUUUUAUACAAAUCUGAGUGUGUUCCACAUUGGUGACAUGUAUUUUUGCAGUAAAUUUUUGUUUUGUUCUUAGAGCAUGUUUAAAGUAACACAUGCACUAGUGCUGUGAUCUGUGGCAAAAUUACUGUAAUUCAAAUUGGAAAAUAAAAUGUUUCCAGACUUUGUCCAACAUUUAUUCCUAUGGCAAAGGAAAUUACUAUGUAAUACUAAUUAUUUCUUAUGCUGAUAUGUUUAAGCUACUCUAUGAAGUAUGUGAGACAUCAGUGUUUAUGGGUUAGUAUUAAUAGAUGGCCUGAUGUCUGAAAUGGAAGAGAGGAAUAAAAUUUGGUGUUGGCAGUUCCUAGAAGCACUCAUAAUAAAUACUUCUUAAAAAUUUGAUCUUCCUCUUACAGUUAUUAUUUACUAAGGAAUUAUCUUAACUGACAGUGCAUAUUAGAUUUUUUUUAGCCCGUAUCAUUAAAAUUAUAUACUAGACUUUGAACUUAUUCUAAUAUCUUCCAACCAAGAAAGAUAUCAUUCACUCCACCAUAAUCAAAAUAAAUAGUAAUAGUAGUCUUCAUUUAUUGAGAAACUAUUAAAAUAACAUGAAAUGCCUCUAGUUAGAAUUUGUAACCAUUGAUACAAGGCUUGAUUGGUGUUUACUUUGUACUCUCUGAUGAAAAGAUUUGUUAAUGAAAAUGAUAAGAUUUUAAAGAAAAAUGUUUAAUCUUGAAAAAAUUUUUAGCUUUUUAUAAGCAUUUAUUUCAGAAUACUAGUUUAAAAGCAUUCUUUUGUCAUCAAACCAAGUACCCAAAAGAAUUAUAAUAGAUAAUAUUUGCAGAUUUGCAUAUUUGAAAUUACACACUUAACAGAAAAAAAAUGCUUGUGAGUGCUUAAACUGCAUAUCUUUUUAAAAUGUUCAAAAUUUCAGACUUUUAUCAAUUUAAACUAUCCUGAAUUGAUAAGAUUUUACUAUAUCAGUGAUGUAUAUUACAAAGUUAAUGUCUACUGAUGUUGUCAUUUUUGGCAUGGUUGUUUUGGUAUGUAUCAUACAUUUGAUUGUCAGCUAUUGAUAGAACUGAUAUAGCAGUGAGUCUGAUUCAGUUCUUAAAAAAAAAAUUUCAGAUGCCGUACCGUGUCAUAAUCCCGUUAUAUUUUAUUUGAAUACUCAAUGUUUUCAUGGGUUUCUAUUUUUUUUUAAUUUUAGUUUUACAUGUUAGUUUUUUUCCCCUGGUACUUCAUAUACAGUCUUUUAGAACUGGAUCUAUUUCUAUUUGAAUCAUAGAGUUUUAAAGAAGUAUUCCUAUUAAAUGAUUCAUGAAUUGCUUUGUGGAAAAAUUUGAAUAAAGUAUGAAAUGACUAGGUUACCCCCAAAUUGUUUGUUUUCUUUAUGUAGUUAACAUGCAGGUUACAGUUUUCAGAGAAAUAAAAUUGGCUUGGUAACUGAAUGCAGUAGAUAAUGGGCAGUUUGGCUUCCAACUAGUAAACUAAAUAAUUCUCAAUUCUGAAUACUUUUUACUGUAAAUAAUGGUAAGCCAGUUUUCAUUUUUCUUUUUAAGAUACUUUUAUAAUUUCCUCCUUCUUAUUCUUUUUCUUUAAACAUCUGCUAGAAUUUUAAAAUUGGAGGAGUUUAACUUAUCUUCCACAUUUUAGUUUUUUAUUCUAUAGGUAAGUAGUAAGAUGUGUAGAGGUUCUAUCAAAACAGUCCAUGUUAUUGUUGGUGGUUCUUUUCAGGGAUCAUGCUAAAUGUCAUUUGUGCAUUGUAUAAAGAAUGUUAUUUACCAGUAUAUAGACCUACUAUUAGUUGAAAUUAUGUAUGGCAGGCUUUCUUGAACAAUAUGUAUUGUAAAUUUGUUUCCUGUUAGUGUUAUGCUUUAGAUUCUUUUAAAUAAAGCUAGUUUUUAAAGAGAAAAAUAACUGUUUUUUAAAUGCUUGACUUUCAUCAAGACAAGUAAGUGUGAUAGUCUUGGCUGUGGGUAGGAGAUGUGCCAGGAAGCGUUAAGCAGCGCGAUAGCUCCAGUUUACUAGGAAUUUAGUUUUAUACUGAAGAGCAAACCAAGAUUUUGUUGUUUUUCCUAUGAAGCUUGUACAUAACA